AUGGCCGGUAUCGGCAAAAGGACACUCUUACGUGAUGUUAAUCCACAUUUAAUAUGCCUAUUAUGCCGAGGUUAUCUUAUAGAUGCCACAACCGUGGGAGAAUGUUUACACUCUUUUUGUAAAAGCUGCAUCUUGAAGUAUCUCAAUACUGCAGCGCACUGUCCAUCGUGCAAACAUGCGAUCAACAAGGCGAAGCCAAAUAUCAAAGCUGACAAGGCGUUACAAGCUAUUGUAUAUAAAUUGGUGCCCGGGUUAUACCACAGGGAAAUGUUAAAGAGGAGAGAAUUUUACAAGAAGCAUUCCGAACACGCGAACUUGGCGACACCAGAGCAACGCGGCGAGGAUGUAAGCGGACGUUUAAUAUUUAAUCCCGAGGAUGUAGUGAGUUUGAGCUUGGAGUACCUACCACCUGGAGCAGAUCCAUUGACUAUAUUGAGUACCAAUGAAAUUGAUACAAAUCAGUCAAACAAUGUUACCAGUACUAACAAUAAUGACAGUGAUUACAACGAUAAUAUUGCUAACAACAGAAGAUAUCUGCAAUGUCCGGCCCUAGUAACUGUUGCACACCUGAAAAAAUUUAUAGCAAUGAAAUACAGCGUAGAUGUAACGAGAUACACCAUCGAGAUUUGCCAUCGACGCGCAACACUUCCCGAAAAUUGGACUCUUAUGGAUGUUGCUUAUAUUUAUGCGUGGAAAAGGAUUGAACCGAUGAGGUUUUUUUAUCGAGUGGCACAAGAGGAACGACUCGAAGCGCCGUUGCAUCAAAGACCAUCGACGCCAGGACUCGGAGCUCGGGAGUGUUUGCCACCGAAUGAGCCGCGGAACGACAGUACUCCAGAAAGUAAUCCCGUUAACCAUUCAGAAAUUUCCAGAUCAGAGAUUAAAUCUACGAACGACAGUAUUGAAACAGUACCAGCAAAAAAUUUGAACAAGACUGUCAAUGACGAAGUAGUCUCAUCCAUGGAUCAUAAGCAAACAACAGUCGAAAACAAAGAGAAAGAUGAAGAAAACGAAAUUUCGACUACUGUGGACAUAAAGUCAUCGACAUCAACAACAACAACAAAUACUGCGACAGUGACCACCACUGCAACGAUUGCAUUUCCUUUAUCAGAGACGAACACGAUAGGCAACGAUUCGAAUAAGCAAAUAAAGAGUCCAAUCAAGAUACUGAAGAAUCCAGACGGAAAAUACGAGGUGCUUAAAAAUUCGACCGCUACUACGGACAAGAGUUCUACGAAUCCUGAGUUUAGUGUUGUGAAUUCUAACGGUGUAAAGAUAACGUUGAAACAGUGUCCGCCAACUCAGAAUGAUAGUGCGAAGAAACCAAGAGUCAUCAGCAAUAUUCUAUUGCGAUGCGGCAGAACGGAGAAAGAUACACCACAGUCAUUGGGCGGGUUAACAAUCCAGCCAGUGCAGCAACAGCAAGAUAAAAACAAAUUUUUCACAACGAAACCAGGUAAACAAGAAAAACAACGACGUAAAGUAACUUUUAUGGAUCGAUCUCCGACGUCCGAGAAGACUUCUCCUAAUAUCAACGUUACGCCUAAAACUGCAUUAAAAAAACCGGCGGAACAGCAGGACAAGAAGCAAUUUCUACAAGGUUUUCAAUUGACCGCUAGAGAACCAUCAAUGUCGGACGAUAGCAAGUUUGUCCCUCGAGACAUUAAUUUUACAAUGAACAUUGAAAAACGAAUAUUGCAGAUAGAAGAAUCUCUUAGAAAAACGGAUUCUGACGAAAUCAAGAAGAAAAAGAAUGACAUUGAAAAUACCGGUUCGAACGCAAAUAAUAGCACUACCAUGACAAAUAUAAUGACAAAACGUAUUGCUGAUGAACGCGCGUGUAACUCAAGAACGGGUUUAAACAGUAUAAAUAUCGUGAGCAGCAAUCAUGCAAAAACAGAUGUAUACACCUUUCCCAGCGAUACAACAAUUGUUCCAGCUGGAGCGGUCAAGAGGAAGUGUCCUCCGGGUGUACCGAUUAUCGACUUAAAGCGUCGAAAAUCAUCGCAACUAAUUAGACAGGAAAGUAACAAGAAACCAAAUGUUUUCCAAUAUAAUUCUGUUAUUAACAAGCACACUUCUUCCUCGGAACAUGUAGUUCCUACAAGUAGAGCGAUCAGUGUGAUAGGAGAUCAAGAUGCCGGAUCGAGCCGCAUAUCCAAUAUGAAUAACACGAAAGCAUCGACUGGUUCAUUGACUUCGAACGAUACUAGAGAUCUAUUAGUGGACGGCUACGGUUUGAAUAUUCCAGCGAGUUUGAGCAUAACACUAACUUCACCCAAAUCUCCGGGAUCUUCUGGACAAUUCGUCGAAUCCAACGAUUCCAGUGAUAAUAAUCGGAAAGUCGCGAUGGACAAAGUAAAUCCCAGUAUCACGUUGAACGAUUGUUCGGUUGAUCCACGCGUGUUGAAGGCUCUAAAGACUGGACAGAUCAGAAUGCCAUCUACUCCGUCAAAAGCUAAGUCAGCAACAACAGGGACGGCGACGACAAUGGCGGCGGCUGCGGCGGCAAAACAGUCGUUGACUAUGAUGAUGACAGAUCGUGAAGAGGCAGCAGCAAAUCAACAACAUAUGACACCACCUAUUGUCAAACGGAAAAGAGAAUAUGAAUCGUCCAAGGAUAUUCUGGAUUUGAGUGGAGGCAAUAAAAAGAUGGACAUACAUCCUCUGAGAAUUCCACAGCCGGUGUCAAAAGUUCAUAAGCCUAGUAAAGUUAUAACAGGUAGAGAUAAUAUGCAACUAGGAGGUAUCUCUGAUCAAGGUCAAGUGGUGACACUGAUGAGUGGUCACAAAUAUUACCGAGCGCCGCCAGGCUCUUUGACACCCGCCGCUCAUCGCGUCAACGAUUGCCCGUUAUCGCCAUCGUCAUCGCGUACACCUGUCUAUGCGCCGUCCUUCGGUAGUCUCAGUCGAUCAAACACAGAUCUUUCGUCUGUCUUCCCGAGUCUGCCGAGUCUUUAUGCUCUUCAUCAAGCGCCAAAUCUUCAGCAGUUUCAAUUGGAUGCAGUACGGUUGAAAAUGCGACCCAUUAUAGGAAAUGAAAUAUUAUCUACGAUUGGAAAUAGUAACAAUAUUAAUCCUAAUAUUGGUGGUAUAUCAGGAAAGAGUCAUCUGGCCGCUCAAUGUGCACCUAUUAAACCCGCGAGAUCUUCCGUGACACCCUUAGCAGUUGCUAUUAACAAGCAACAACCUACUGAAAAAUCCACAAACAUUAACGUUAAUCGAACAGUCUCGGCUGACUCAAACAAGCCUCCAGCUUUUCGUAACAAUGAAGCUCUCGAAUCCACAGGUGAAACUUCUCGUGUCCAAAAGAGAUACUCUUCGAAUGUUGAAAAUACAAACAAUAGGUUCUCGUCGCAGAGUGAACGUACGAAAAAUAAUGAUAAAAUCACCAAUGAGACAACCAGAGAUUCAAAUGUCGAGUCCAAAAAUGAAACGAUUAAUACUAAUGAUAAUUCGGCACAACGGGAGCAACAGCAUCGCGAAGCAACGAGUCCUAAUAUCGUAUCAUCAACGGCUUCACCAUCACCACCUCCUGGCAAUGAUAGUAUGAUGAACGCGAAAAAUGAGGGUAGCACUAAGAACGGUGGUACUAAUAUCAACGACAACAAUUCGAAUGGAAGUAAUAAACAAAAGAGUACUAGUUCUGAAGUGACGUGCAGCAAGUCACCGGAUAGUCCGGAUUCCAGUUCGAUUACGAUAGAGAAUUCGGGGACGAGUAAGAGUUCAACCUUAACGAAUCAGGAAGUACCAACGGACGCUCACACGUCAUUGAAUAUAGUUCAAGCUUCGGAAUCAGCAACAAAUUCAGGCAACAGUACCGUUGAUGAUUCUACCAUUACUAACGACAAGAAUAAGUUUGUCAAUAAAUCGGAAACAAGUGAAAUCGCGGAACAAUUGACCUCUGUGCAAAAAAAAUUGCUAGCAGUUUUUCCUUCAACUGAUUGGGUGAAGAAUCCUGUAGCUGCUGAGCAUUUGGGAAAUUUUCUCAAGAGUUUGAAUGCCACGAUAAAAAGUGAGUCAAAUCGAAUAGAAGGAUACAAAUUUAUCAAAUCGAAGACAAGGAAAAUCGAGCAAAAAAUUAUCGAAAAUGAUAAUAAUAAGAAGCGGUAA